GGAUUUGGCUUCUGUGCAAUUAGCCGGAGCUCCGAACAGAUGGGAGGUCUUGUCUGCAGCUCCUACCACUAUAAAGGAUGAAGCUGGAUCAGAUUCGUCGAAUGGUACAGUGUCUAACGUACAGUACCAGGUAAUACCCCAGAUCCAGACAGCGGAUGGUCAGCAGGUUCAACUUGGCUUUGCAGCCUCUUCUGAUAAUAGCAGUAUAAAUCAAGAAACUGGUCAAAUUCAGAUCAUUCCUGGCUCGAAUCAAACCAUCAUUGCCUCUGGAACAUCUUCAGCUAAUAUUCAGAAUAUCUUAUCUGGUCAGUCUGGUCAAGUCCAGGUUCAGGGAGUUGCCAUUGGUGGUUCGUCUUACCCUGGCCAAGCACAAGUGGUUGCUAACGUCCCUCUUGGACUGCCAGGAAAUAUUACUUUUGUACCCAUUAAUAGUGUUGAUCUAGAUUCUCUGGGACUUGGCAGUGGUUCUCAAACCAUGACAGCAGGCAUUAAUGCAGAUGGGCACUUGAUAAAUACUGGACAGGCCAUGGAUAGUUCAGAUACUUCUGAAAGGACUGGUGAGCAAGUUUCUCCUGAAAUUACAGAAACUGCCACUGAUAAUGACUUAUUUGUGCCAACGUCAUCUUCAUCACAAUUGCCCGUUACCAUAGACAGUUCAAGUAUAUUGGAACAAAAUGCAAAUGACUUGACCACAACUAGUGGUCAAGUUCAUGGUUCUGAUCUUCAGGGAAAUUACAUCCAGACGUCAGUCUCUGAUGACACACAGGCUCAGAAUAUUCAGGUCUCCACAGCACAGCCAAUUGUACAACACAUACAGCUACAAGAGUCGCAGCAGCCAACCAGUCAAGCCCAGAUUGUACAAGGUAUUGCGCAACAGACAAUCCAUGGUGUUCAAGCAAGUCAAAGUAUAUCUCAACAGGCUCUUCAAAAUCUUCAACUGCAGCUGAAUCCUGGAACUUUCUUAAUUCAGGCACAAACAGUGACCCCUUCUGGGCAGAUAACCUGGCAAACAUUUCAAGUGCAAGGAGUUCAAAACUUGCAGAACUUGCAAAUUCAGAAUGCACCUGGUCAACAAAUAACUCUGACGCCUGUGCAGACUCUCACCCUUGGUCAAGUUGCAGCCGGUGGUGCAUUGACAUCCACUCCAGUUAGUCUAAGCACUGCUCAAUUGCCAAAUCUACAGACAGUCACAGUAAACUCCAUAGAUUCUGCUGGUAUUCAGCUGCAUCAAGGAGAAAAUGCUGGAAGUCCUGCAG